GUGUGUCUGUGUCAUGUCACGCUGGACAUGAACAUAUCAACAUAAUAAAUUCAGACAGCUGAUCUGAUUUUAAUUCUUAUUACUUCGAGAAAAUUUAUCACUGCUAUUAAAUUUUGUAUAAAUACGCGUGUACGUACAUUAUAUUCUAUGGUUCUGCGUUCUGUCUUGAGUUGGCUUAAUCCUUCUGGUUUUCUAUUGGUAUAAUGCAACGGGAAAUGGUAUCUUCAGUGAUAACGAUUACGUGGUGUUUUGAGCCUUGUAUACGAGUAAUUCGCGUAUAUUGCUGAUUGUUAUGUUCAGAGUGAUACGAAUAUGGCUGAAAAAGCGACUCGUACCGAACCCGACAUGCAAGGAUGGCUGCUGAAGUGGACAAACUACGUCAAAGGGUAUCAACGUCGUUGGUUCGUUCUCUCUAAUGGGUUGCUGAGUUAUUACAGAAAUCAAGCUGAAAUGGUUCAUACGUGUCGUGGCACUAUCAGUCUUCACGGCGCUUUCAUUCAUACCGAAGAUUCGUGUACUUUUGUGAUUUCAAACGGGGGGGCUCAAACUUUCUACAUUAAAGCUUCGAACGAAGUAGAAAGGCAGACUUGGGUUACAGCUUUAGAGUUGGCUAAAGCUAAAGCCAUUCAACAAAUUGAAACAGACUCAACGGAAGACUCGGUCAGUGAAAACGCCAAAGUUGAAGUGAUGACUGCCAUUAAAGUUCUAAGCCAAAAAAUGGAGGAUCUGCAAAUAUGCAACGACUUAAUCAUAAAACAUGGAAACAGUUUGCAGAAAUCGCUUUCAGAAUUAGAAUCAACGGACGCGGUCACCGAUAUCAACGUGAAAGUGAAAUCUAUCAACGAACGAGCCACUUUGUUUCGGAUAGCUUCGAAUACGAUGAUUAAUACGUGUUUAGAGUACCUAGAACUGGCCCAAAGUCAAGGUAAAAAAUGGCAAAAAAUGUUGCAACACGAAAGAGAACAACGAAUACAACUGGAAGAGAUGGUGGAACAACUAGCCAGAGAACAGUCUGCCUUGGAGCGAGUUUCUAAACCGUUGGAAAAUACUGAAAAUUUCGCCGAAAAUUCGUCAUCCGAAGAUGAAAAUACAGAAUUUUACGACGCUCAAGGAGGCGAAAACUCGGAUUCUUCGUCAGUAAAUUAUUUGGAAAAACGUUCUCGUAACGCUACUAGACGUAAUUCUUUGUCUAAUACGCAGAUGUUCGAUAAGAUUGUCAGCGAAGAAUUAGCUGCUGAUGACGGUUCGAGCAGCGAUGUAGACGAUAUGACCGAAUCGGCGGCCAUUUUGACAGCAGCGAUACGUUCUUCCGCAACGAUUAAAAACAAAAAAUCGCGAAGAGAUACCGAAAACAACACGCUGAAUAAUGAUCGCAAUUUCUCGUCGAGUCGAAAUGAAACUUUAUUGGUUCUGUCUGAAAAUGCGAAAAACGCGUUGGAAGAAGUGAAAAAUAAUCCGAGAAAAAAAGGUACGCCUCGCCGAUGUCGUAUUCCGGACAAACCGCAUCAUCCGUUGCAUAUUUGGAGCAUAAUGAAAAAUUGUAUCGGUAAAGAUCUUUCGAAAAUUCCGAUGCCUGUCAACUUUUCGGAGCCUUUGUCGAUGUUGCAAAGAUUGGCGGAAGACUUCGAAUACGCUAACGUACUGGACGCCGCUGCCAAAUGCACAGAUCCGUUCGAAAGACUCGCUUAUAUCGCCGCAUUUACCAUAUCCUCGUACUCGACAACCACUACCAGAACAGGAAAACCGUUUAAUCCGCUGCUCGGCGAAACUUACGAAUGCGACAGAUCGUGCGAUUUAGGUUGGAGAGCUGUUAGCGAGCAGGUAUCUCACCAUCCUCCGAUUGCUGCACAACAUUGCGAAGGAAAAAGCUGGAUUAGUUGGCAGGAGUUCACGAUGUCUUCCAAAUUUCGCGGCAAAUAUUUACAACUCACGCCCUCCGGCACUUCUCAUUUGCAGUUCAAAGAUUCCGACGAUUAUUACACCUGGUGUAAAGUCACCACAACCGUUCAUAAUAUCAUCGUUGGCAAAUUAUGGGUCGACCAAGAAGGCGAGAUGGAAAUCAUCAAUCAUAAAAAUGGUUCCAAAUGUCGUUUAACUUACGUGCCGUAUAGUUAUUUUGCUCGAGACCAACAAAGAAAGGUGAAAGGUAUUGUAAUUAAUAAACAAGGCGAAGCGAAGUGGAUGAUAAACGGUACUUGGGAUAAUAAAGUUGAAAUCGCUCCGGUCACGAAAGUUGAUAAGGAAACGGGUUCUUGGCAAACUGGUUCUUACGUGGCUGUCUGGCAGAGAAUCUUACCAUCAAUCGAUAGUGAAAAGUACUAUAACUUCACCGAACUGGCGUGCCAACUCAACGAGAUGGAAGAAAAUAUCGCACCUACUGAUUCUCGGCUGAGGCCCGAUCAACGCCUAAUGGAACUGGGCAUGUGGGAUGAAGCAAAUAUUGAAAAGUUACGUUUGGAAGAGAAACAGCGACAAAAACGCAAAGAAAGAAAUUUUCAGAAUGAAGAUGCUACAGAAUGCGGUGAUACUCAUCAAACUCACGAACCUGUCUGGUUUCGAAGAGAGAUGGAUACCCAUACUGGUGACUAUACGUAUUCCUAUAAUAAUCUAUAUUGGGAUUGUAAAGAUAAACGGGAUUGGAGUCGAUGUCCGAGUAUAUUUUAAUGGAUAAACCGGUAAAAUUUCGUUUUAUUUGAAUGUUGUGUGAUUGUUGCCAAAUUCUAUUUACCAUUUAAAUUUUAAAACUCGAUACAUCGUGUAUCGAUUAUUGUAUAUCGCGUGUAACAUUUUUAUUUAGGUACCUACCGACGUGUAAAUACGAUAGAAAAAAUUGUUUUCGCAUUUGCAUAGCGCAGAUAAGAAUCCGCUUGCAAAACUCCAUGUACAAUGUACAUGGUUGGCGUUGAUGUUUGGAAAUGUUAUCUCAUUGCUUUCGUGUGUAAAACGAAUUCCAUCGCCAUCGAACCACACCCGUUAAUAAACGUGCAUUAGUUUCAUUUUUUUUAAUAUUAAUUUUUCUGUUAUUCGUUGAUAUACGCUUGUUAAUUUAUUUUCGCGACUAUUCGUUAGGCUAUCGUUGAUAUAUGAUUUUUAUGAAAAUGAAUACGAAUGAAGAUUCGGAGCAUAAUAAUGUUACCAUGAAUUUUUUGUAGGAUUAAGAAAGUUUAAUGCUUCAUCGAUGGAUUAAUAAUUUAAAACCUUUUUCUUUCUUCCUGUUGUCAUUUUUUAGUCUAUCGCCGUCUAAAGGUCUAACCUCACUUAACCGAUGCAUGUUUAUAUUCAUCUCGAUCGUUAAUGUUGAUCGAGAAACUUAUUUAUUUUCAAAGAGUCUUUGAACUUUUCUAAGCUGCGCUUUCAUGGCCAGACGGCCUUUAGACCGUCGUUCCAAUUCUAAAAAUUCAACCGUUUAAAAUUAGGAAAAAAAUUGAUAUCAAACAAUUAUUCAAUUCAGUUUAAACUUAUCGAAUAAAAUAGUGAGAUUACUUUCUCUAGCGUGUGAAUUUUUUCUAGCGCAAAUUUGUAGCAAUAUCUAAAUUUUGUGUAAAUAAAUGUGGAGUUGUUUCUUGUUUCUCAAGAAUGUUCUUCAACCUUGCUUAUGUAGAUGAAAGAUCGCAUUAACACCUUGGCAUGAAAAUCUUCAUUUAUUACACUAAUGACCAUUUGAAAAAACUCGGAAAAAUUUACGUUGGUUAGCACAACCGGUUGUCCAAUUGAAUAAUGGAAAAGCAAUAGUUGCAGUGAUAAUCGAUAUUUUAUGAAUUUAAAAAAAUGACAUUAAUGGGGCUUUUUCUAGAACAUUUUUGUUUCAAGUGUAGAUGCUUUGAAAAUUUAUGAAUAAAAUUACUAUUCAGAUAUUUGCGGCAAACAUUUUGAAUUUUAAAUAAUUGAUUUACCGUACUGUAUUUUUAUUAUGAAAUUAAUGAGCGCGGUGUGAAUCAUAUUUUUCAAUUCCUAAAGUAAAAAUAAGUAGAAGGCCUAUGAAAACAUCUCAGUUUCAUGGUACAUAUUUCGAUUUCAUUAACCGAAAACAGUGUUUCAGUACUUGGUGUAUAUGUGAAGGUCGAUCGCGUCGAAUGAAUUUUUUUCUCGCGAACAUUUUGAUUUUAUUUCAUCAAAAAGAUUUUAUCUGCGACUGAGAUUAUGUUUUUAAUAUAAUUAUUAUGUACUUAUUAAUUACCAACAUAAUUAUUUUCCUUUAGCAAUUUUGAUUAAUAUUAUUUUACAGCAUUUACGCUAUGCGACGAAUACAUCUUAUUUCCUACCAAUUGUACGUUAAUUAAUUAUCUAGUCAGUGUUGUUGCUUUGAAUUUGAUCAAUAAUGAUGUAUCUUUGAUUGUUAUUCUCAAAAGUAAAGGCGUAUUAUUUACAUAUUA